CCAUGAUCACUUUGACUGACCCCCUCCAUCCCCCCAGACAGGAUCAGGAUCCCGGUGUCUUAUCACUGUCAGCUCGUUCCUUGACGCCACAUGGCGAGACCCAUGGCGGAAUCUCCACGCCGCCCCCCUCCCCCCUCCUCCUCUUGAAAUUACCAGAAAACCCUUGGUUCGCCUUUUCUCUUGCCAGGCGCUCCUUGUUCUUGUUCGGCUGACAUCCCCCAUUGCGAGCCCGCCUACAACCUUCUGUCAUCUUGCGGCGGUCAACAGAGUUCCUCCCCUCCCUCGCUCCAAGUCCAUCUCCGCAUCCGGACCAUCCGAACAUGGCGUCGACAGAUGAGACUGCGCCGGCUCCCGCCGACGCCCCGGGCUCUCCCAAGUCCUUCAAGUCCGCCAGGCCUCACACCUCGGCACGGUCCCCGGUCCGCUCACCGUCCCGGUCGGCCCAGCCACCGGAGCCCGGAUCUCCUUUGACGGGCGAGCCAGCCGAAGAACGUGAACCGGCAGAAGAACGUGAACCAGCUGAUGAAGCAGCUGAGACAUCUGAAGCAGCUCAGCCAGCCCCAGCAGCUCCAGAAGAGGAGCAUCAUCCCCAACUCGAAGCCUAUCCCGACGUGGCCAGCGACACCGCCUCCAACUACGCCAGCGACGUCUCCGAUACCGCCAGCGCAACCUCGUCCAUCUUCCACUACCAGUACGAGAACGGCCGUCGCUACCAUGCCUACCGCGCCGGCCAGUAUCUGCUGCCUAACGACGACAAGGAGCAAGAGCGGCUGGACAUGACCCAUCACGUAUUUCUUCUGACUCUGAAAGGGGAACUAUGUGCCACUCGCCUCCAGAACCCCCAGAACAUCCUCGAUAUCGGUACCGGCACAGGCAUAUGGGCCAUUGAAGUCGGCGACUUGUUCCCCUCCGCCCAGGUCAUCGGCACGGAUCUAAGCCCGAUCCAGCCCGACUGGGUCCCGCCCAACGUGUGUUUCGAGAUCGACGACGCCACGCUGGAGUGGACGUUCCCCAAGAACCACUUCGACUUCAUCCACGCCCGCACCCUGGCCGGCGCCGUCAAGGACUGGCCCGCCCUCCUCCGCCAGUGCUACGAGCACUGCCGGCCCGGCGGCCGCGUCGAGAUCUCCGAGGGCCGCGCCAACUUCUUCUGCGACGACGACACCCUCGGCAAGGACACGGCGACGUGGCAGUGGCUCAGCGAGUUCCGGCGGCUCAGCGCCCCGCUCGGCUUCGACAUCGCGCCCGCGCUGCCGGACAUGCUGCGGGCCGAGGGCUUCGAGCAGGUCGACAUGGUCCAGAGGGUCGUGCCGAUGGGCACCUGGCCGCGCGACAAGGAACUGCGGGAGAUUGGGCGCUGGUUCCGCGUCCAGUUCUUGGAGAUGGCGCUCGAGGCGUACACCCUGGCGCUCUUCACCCGCGCCGGCAACUGGUCCAACGAAGAGGUGCAGGUCCUCCUGGCCCUGGUGAGGGCGGAGCUGAAGUCUGACAAGAUUCACUUGUACACUUAUACUGCAUUUGUGACGGGUCGAAAGCCGUCGAGUUGAGGAACAUGACGAAAACAGUCAUCUCAGAACGAUUGUGCCAUUGUAUUGCUGGAGGUUGUUGUUGUUGUUGUUGUUGUUGUUGUUCACUUGACCAAACAACUGAAGUGAUGUCACUACGUUUGAGCGCUUACACCGCAUCGACAGUCACUCGUCAUCUUAUGACUGGAAUAUAAGCGUCGUUUAAUAGAAUUGAUAGACCAGUGUUUCGUUCUUCUUCUCUACCUUGGUCUGGGCUAGC